AUGAAGUCCAAUUUGAAAAUUACCCUUUACAUCAUUUUUUUAUUUUGGUAUGUGCACAUCGAAGAUGCUCAAAAGUGUGCGACUGUAAAUGCUGAAACGCCAAAUUUAAGAAAUGGAUGGUCAAUAAAAAAUGGCACCUUACACAAUGGAGAAAAUAAUUUAAAUGGAAAAUAUGCUGAUUAUCUGAAUGACACAGUUGAGGGGAAUUCCAAUAUGGAAGAAAUGGAGGAAGGAUUAUCGGGACAAUCUGAAGAAGCAGUAGCUAAGGCACAACAAGAAGAAUCCGAUUCACAACAAAAAAAUGAACAAGCGCAAGCAAAUGUAGAAGGAAAAGAAAAAGAUGCAGAAACAAAAGAUAAACAAGCAGAAGAUAAUGAGAAAAUAGCAUUAGAACAAACAAAAGAAGAAGCAGCAGAAGCAGCAGAAAAAGCGGCACAAGCAGCAGAAGCAGCGACACAAGCAGCAGAAGCAGCACAAAAGGAGGCAAAGGAUGCAAGCAAUAAAAUAACUGGUGAAAACAAAACUGUAAACAGGGCAACAUUAGCAACCAAAGAAGCAAAACAUGCAACAACAUUACAAAAAGCACAAGAAGAAUCCACAAAGGCCAAGGAUGCAGAAGCAAGAGCAAAUGAAGAAAGAAUAAUAGCAGAACUAGCAGCCGCAGUAGCAAAAGCAGAGGCAGCAAAAGAUGAAGCAGAAAAAGAAUUGGAAAAAGCAAAGGAGGCAGAGGAACAAGCAAAAGCCUUAGAAACGGCAAAUGGUGCCGAAAAGGCAAAGGAAAAGGCUAAAGAAGAAGCAGAAAAGGCUAAAAAACAACUAGACAAAGCAGAAGAAUUAGCAAAGCAAGUAAGUUUAGCAGAGUACAAAGUAACAAAGGAAUCAGUAUCGGAUGCAAAAGAGAAAGCUUCAGAAGCACAACAAGCGGCGAAUGCAGCAAAACUUGCAAAAGAUCUAGCGGUAAAGGCAGCAAAACUAGCAACACAUAUAUUAAAAGCGGAACAGGCAAAAAAAGAAGCACAACAAGCAAAAGAAGAUGCACUAAAGGUAAAAACAGAAGCUGAAAAAUAUUCAGGUGAAUCUAAUGCUGAAAAAGCAAAAGAAGCAGCAACUAAGGCAGAAAAGGCAGCGACUACAGCAACCGAAAAAGCUACGGAAGCGGAAAAGGAAGCCGCAGCUGCGAUAACAGAAGCAAAUGAAAAUCUAGAAGAAAUACCAAACAAAGAAGAAGUGGUAAAGGGAAAGACAGAAAAAGCAAUAACAUUAUCAGAAGAAGCUGUGAAAGCAAAAAAUGAAGCAUUAAUAGAAGUAGAAGUAGCAAAGGCAGAAGCGGCAAAAGAAGAAGCUAAUAAGGCGCAAAUCGCAGCAGGUGAAGCAAAAGCAGAAGCAGAAAAGGCUGCGCAAACGGCACCAUUAAAUGAAGUAACUGAAGCAAAAGGCAAAGCAGAAAGAAUGGCCACUCUAGCAAAGGAAAAGGCAGAAACGGCAGCAAAGGAAGCAAAAGAAACAAAUGACUAUGCAGGCCGUUUACGAGAUAAAGAAAAAACAGAAAAAACAGAAGAUGUAACAAAAAAAAUAGAGGUGCUUAAAGGAAAAACAGAAAAGGCCUCAAAUGCAGCAGAAGAAGCCAAGAAGGCGCAAACAAUAGCAGAGCUCGCAAUGGCUGUAGCCAAAGCAGUGGUAGCAAAGGACCAGGCGAAAAAAGCGCAAGACGCGGCUGAGGAUGCAAAAGAGCAAGCGGAAGAAGCAGCAAAAACGGUGCAAACAAAAUCAAAAGGUGAGGCAGCAAGCGCUGCGGAGAAAGCAAGGGAAAAUGCCAAGAAAGCAGAAGAUGCAGCAAAUGAAGUGUCAUUAAAAGCGAAAGAGGCAGAAGAAGAGGUAAACAAUAAUUGGGGUAACGAAGAGAAAAAGGCAGACAUAACCAAUAAAGUGAACCAUGUGAAGGAAAAGACAUCAGGAUCAAUUAAUGCAUCGGAAGGCGCGAACAGGGCAAAGGAAGUAGCAGAAAUAGCAUUAAAGGUUGUACAUGCAGAAGUGGAAAAUAUUAAAGCAAAAAAGGCAGUCACAGCAGCAGGAGCAGCAAAAGAUGAUGCAAAAAAAGCAGUCGAAUCAGCAGAGAAAUCAACAAAGGAAGCAGAAUCAGCGGAGGAAGACGCGGAAACAGCGAAGGAAGAAGGAAAGGAAGCAGAAAAAAAAGCACAAGAGGCAGUGGACAACGCACAUGCAGCGCAAGCACAAUUAAAAAUAGCAGAAGAAGAAUUGGAGACAGCUAAGGGAGCCACGUCAAUGGAAACAUUGAUCCAAGCUAAAACGAAAGCCCUCGCGGCGGUAGAAGAAGCAAUUACGAAAGCCCAGGCAGCGGAAGCUGCAGCUAACGAAGCAAAAAAUAAUGCAGCGAAAGCCGCAGAAGCUGCUGAGAAAGCAAAAAAGGCAGCAGAAGAAUCAGCCACAAAGAAAGAACAUAAAAUUCUAGAAAUUGUAAAAAAGUACUCCAAAGAAGGUUACAAUGGAGUCGAUAAUGACGAACAGGUGCUAAACGAAAUUGAGGAACAGGGAAACGAAGAGAAGGAAGAAGAGGAGGAAGAAGACGCAGAUCAUAUAGUACCGAAAGAUGUAGAAAUAGGGGAUGAUAACGAGGAAGAAGAGGAGGAGGAAGAAGAAGAGGGGGAGGAAGAAGAGGAGGAAGAAGAAGAAGUGAAGGAAGACGAAGAAGUGAAGGAAGAGAAAGAAACCAAAGAGGAAGGACAAGCGCAAAGCAGUGCACACAAGAGCAGUGUAGCUGAGUUAGAAAAUGAAAAAAAACAAUCCAAAGAAGAGAAUGAUAAACCACCAAGUGACAACAACGCCCACACGCUGCUCGAAGAUAACUAUAAAAAUUUUAUGGACUUUAAAAAAAAAACUGAAGGGAUGACCAAAAAUAUAAUUAAAACAAUUGACGGGGACACAGAAGUCCUAGACACGCUAAAGGAUUUCGCGAAUGAUGUGGAUCUGUUCAUUUUGAACUUGUAA